AUGGCCUGCACCUGCGCAAAGGACGCCAACGGAAAGUGCGGCUGCGGCGACAAGUGCACCUGCCCCAAGGAGACUGUCACGAACGCUUCGUGCAACUGCAAGGAGAACUGCACCUGCAAUCCGUGCAAGUGCGGCACGUCCAGCAAUUAG